UGGCAGCCAUGCACGAGUGAUCAUUGUAGCUUUUUAUCGUCUAAACAUAUUGGUGGAAUAUCUUCACGCCUAGAAUAAAAACCCCAAGGCUUCCGUCAGACUCAACUGAAUGAAAAAAAAUAAAGAAUUACAGGGGGAAGUUUAGAAAAAGUCCUCUGGAAUAAGGCACAUGCUUGGAUAAUAAUUAUAGAACCAACGUCUCUCGUAAUACUAUAGCUGUCUCUCCUUGUCAAUUCAUUUAAAUACAUGAUUUUAACAUUAUGCUAUAAUGCAGCCUAGGCCUACUUUCUGAUGGAUUACAGCCAACAUGUGAAGAGCGUUGUGUCCCAUAAUGCUUGGCGAGAUUGACCACCAAGAUGGCUGACGUUAUGGAUGAAUAUGAGAAAGAAGCUGGCUGUGUUCCUAUUCUCCAUCCAGAGGAACUCAAGCCCCAGAGUCACUAUAACCAUGGCUACAGUGAGAAUGUGGGGCGCAAGAGCCACGUGGAUGACUACAGUACCUGGGACAUCGUCAAAGCCACGCAGUAUGGGAUCUUUGAGCGCUGCAGAGAGCUGGUGGAGGCAGGCUAUGACGUUCAGCAGCCGGACAAAGAGAACGUCACACUCCUGCACUGGGCCGCCAUCAACAAUAGAAUAGACUUGGUCAAGUACUACAUAUCAAAGGGGGCGAUGGUGGACCAGUUGGGAGGUGACCUCAACUCCACACCACUGCAUUGGGCCACAAGACAGGGCCACCUCUCCAUGGUGGUACAGCUGCUGAAGUAUGGGUCCGACCCCUCGCUCAUCGACGGAGAGGGCUGCAGCUGUGUCCACCUGGCUGCCCAGUUCGGACACACCUCCAUCGUGGCCUACCUCAUCGCCAAGGGACAGGAUGUGGACAUGAUGGAUCAGAAUGGAAUGACUCCCUUGAUGUGGGCAGCUUACAGGACACACAGCGUGGACCCCACCCGGCUACUGCUGACCUUCAAUGUGUCGGUCAACCUGGGUGACAAGUACCACAAAAACACGGCUCUGCACUGGGCCGUGCUGGCCGGCAACACUACAGUCAUCACCCUGCUGCUGGACUCCAACUCCAAUGUGGACGCACAGAACAUCAAGGGUGAGACGCCGCUGGACCUGGCCAAGCAGAGGAAAAACGUCUGGAUGGUCAACCAUUUACAGGAGGCUCGGCAGGCCAAGGGUUACGACAGUCCUGGCUACCUGAAGAAGCUGAAGAUGGACAAGGAGUUCAGACAGAAGAUCAUGUUGGGGACCCCCUUCCUGGUGAUCUGGCUGGUGGGCUUCAUCGCUGACCUGGACAUCGACUCCUGGCUCCUCAAGGGCCUCAUGUACUGUGGCGUGUGGGUCACUGUGCAGUUCCUCUCCAAGUCUUUCUUUGACCACUCCAUGCACAGCGCCCUGCCCCUGGGAAUCUACCUGGCAACCAAGUUCUGGAUGUACGUGACCUGGUUCUACUGGUUCUGGAUUGAUCUCCCGUUUGCCACCGUCCACCUGCCUUUCCUCCUGAACAGUGUCUGUCUGUUCUACAACUUCGGCAAGUCCUGGAAAUCAGACCCCGGGAUCAUCAAAGCCUCAGAGGAGCAGAAGAAAAAGACUAUUGUUGAACUGGCGGAGACGGGAAGCCUGGAUCUCAGCAUAUUCUGCAGUACUUGUUUGAUAAGGAAGCCCAUCCGGUCCAAACACUGUGCCGUGUGCAACCGCUGUAUCGCCAAGUUCGACCACCACUGCCCUUGGGUGGGCAACUGUGUCGGAAGUGGGAAUCAUCGCUACUUCAUGGGUUACCUGUUCUUCCUGCUCUGCAUGAUCAGCUGGAUGAUCUACGGCUGUAUCUGCUACUGGAGGAUCCACUGCGCCACCAACUACACCAAGGAUGGUUUCUGGCUGUACCUGACGCAGAUCGCCUCCUGCUCUCCCUGGAUGUUCUGGAUGUUCCUCAACAGUGUGUUCCACUUCAUGUGGGUGGCUGUGCUGAUCAUGUGCCAGCUCUACCAGAUUGCUGGUCUGGGAAUCACCACAAACGAGAGGAUGAACGCCAGGAGAUACAAGCACUUUAAAGUAACGGCCACUUCCAUCGAGAGCCCCUUCAAUCAUGGGUGUGUACGGAACCUCAUAGACUUCUUUGAGAUCCGCUGCUGUGGCCUGAUCCGGCCCAAGGCGAUAGACUGGACCACACAGUACACAAUCGAGUAUGACCAGACGUCCGGGUCGGGCUACCAGCUGGUGUAGACGAGAAGAGAGGAGAGGUGGAGCGACGGUGUCUAGAAGAGGAGGAGGGGGUUCCCCAGGGUUCAGUAUCGGAGCCAGGCUGUUCUCUGGAGCACUCCCCUCAGACCUCCUUCCUCACCCAUUCAGACUGAGAAAACCAGCCAGGAACUAGCAUGCUGUUACGGGACACCACCAUAAGACCAACACCUACUACUAGUCUAUAUGAAACCACCUCCAUUACUGUACCCACCACCACCUCUGAGCCCCUCCUGGGGGGGGGCCUUCUCCUCUGCUGGUCCCCCCUCGUCUCUCCUGCCCAUGGACGGUGCACCGCUGCCAGGCGCGGCAGGGAGAGGAGAAGAGAGAAUAUAAAAAAAAAACUAAAAUAAGGAAUCUUUAUUUGUUUGCUGUACUAGAGUCAUUAUGCUGCGGUGAAGGCAGUACGGUUGACGGCAGUAUCAUUUUUUUCCCUUAUUUUUUUAGAUACAUUUCACACAUCCAUUUUUUUUUUAUCAUCCAUCUUGCCCUGCAGAUUAUUUUUUUUUGUCUUUCAGUUUUUUAUUGUUGCUCAAAACUCUACUGUUCCUUUUAGAACUGUGGUGGCUAGGGAGACUGGGGAAGGAAGGCCUUUUAAGGAAGAAAUUGGUUGUUAAGCAGGAUUUGAUAAGGGAUACUCACUAUGGCAUGGUCAUGUACCAUCGUUCAAGUCACCCUGAGGAUUGCUUAGAAUUGCCAAAGUUGUUAAACUUGUCAGUAUGUCAUAAAAUGGCAUUUGCAAUUGUUGGGGGGGGGGGGUCUGUUCCCAGUGGUCUCUUUCACAAGGUAUUGAAGGUGCAGAUAGGAGCGACAUCCUACUUAUAAUGUGAUGCAAGCAUAUUUAUUUUAACUCUAUGUAUAGAUCAAAUGUUAUAGUAUCAUCUUAUUUUAAAUUUGUUUUUUUUAUCAAGAAAACAUCUGCUACAAGUUGUAUAUGGAUGUCUGACAUGGUGCCCUGAGACCUUCACUAGAAAAGUCGACACACACACACUUCAAGAGUAGUGUUAGUGAGAGAUCAACUAGAGUCAGGGGAAGAUGAGGCCAUUCCAUCCCAGACUGAAUGGAUGGUUCUGGGAGUUUACAAGAAAGGUUCAUUCCAUGUGUGUAUUUUUUUUGUGUGUGUGUGGGGGGGAUGGGGGUCCUUUUGUUUGUCUGCCUAUGACAAUGCACUGAUCACCUUUCUGUUUCCGGUCUCGCCGUUACUGAAGAAAUACAGGCGUACUCCCGACAAACACUUCAAUGUUUACCGAUUGACGGAGCUCGGGCCCAAUGAGAAAAAGGUAUAUAAACCCCGAGACCUGCCCCUUCUGGGUUCUCAUCUGUUAUUGCUCAUUACAUUUCCCGCUAGUCUCUACGCAGCGGCAGCGCAAGGACGGACUGAAAUGUCAAAUAUGUCCAUCUGUACAUAAACAAUCUAGUUUUCUUCGUGAGUGAUUUUAUUUUGUCAGUUGAAGCUGCUCCUUUUUAAACGUUGAUUUCAUCCAACCAAAUGGAAAAGAGAACUCCCCGAUUAUAAUCCAAUUGUAUGACUGUAGCUUUUAGUGAUGUCCGACACUGCUGUCUAAAGGCAUUUUAACCCUGCAAACUACACUGCAUGUGUGAUGCUUGGACAUUGGGCUGUCGCCAUACUGUUGACCCCCCCCCAUCCAAGCUGCCCAGUGAUAGCCAUGUGUCUGUAUAUAGUGAAUGUUCAGUAUUUACAAGUACUUUCUUCGGUAUGUUCGCUUUUGUUUUUUAAAUCCAGUGUGUAUCUUCAGUGCAAGUCCUCCUUCUCGGUCUGCAGGCUCCAGAUAUCAAGUCUGGUCCAGCCUGCCGAAGUGUAAUAUUAAUGUUCCAUGCUGGUGGUUGGAUUAUACUGGAAGUAAAGGUUUUUUCUAUGUCAUAUUGCUGGGUUUGUUACACCACUGGAUGUACGAGAUGCAAGGGAAAUAAUGACAGUAUUUUUUUCUAAACUGAAAUCAUGCGUGUCAUCGUACGCUGUAAUCCAGGAUAAGAGGUAUGAAGCAUGGGUUUAGACAUCACAUCGUGGUUUGUAUCCCCUUAUGACGUCAGAGCACGGGACGCACCAUUGAGGCGAUCUCCAUUUUUGUAAGUACAUUUUCUACUUUAAUCAGUUGGCAAAGUGCCACCUGGAGUGGGUUGUUUGAACGCCAAGGUUGGCGAUUUACCACCACCUGCAGGUAUUGGGUGUUUGCCCACGAGUAUAAUUCAUUGGUGGUGACCUGGAUGGAAUUAUGCGACCCUUCGUUAACUACUUAAAAAUGGUGAAAGUCCUCAAUGGUGCUGCCUGUGCUAAAACAGGCUUUUGGGAACUAGAGUCCUGUGUGGUAUUAAAAGGUAUACCAUGUUGUGUGGUCAUGUCUACAUCAGUGAGGGACACAGUGGAUCAUUUUGCAGGCUCACCUACAUCUAAAAGGAGCUCAGCGGUCAUCAUAAACAACCUACAGGUAUAGAGCUCAUCCAGGUUCUGUUUCGGUUCCAGAGAAAUAUUCACACUAGCCUGAGUGCCACUGUUUGUACACAUGCCAAUUCCUUGUCACCCAUUGUCAAGUCAAACAUGUUUGACUUGACAAUGAGGAAUGGAGUUGUCAAGAACACAAACGGAUCUGGGAUCAGGCUUUUCACACCGGCUCUUCCAACAAAUGUCAUUUUUCCCCCAGCUGCCACCAUGUGAAAAGCACAUGAUCAUCUACAGUGCCUCUCCGCCUUCUUCAGGACAUCACCGUAACCCUGCUUCAGAUGUUAAUAUAUUGGGCAUGGUUCAAUUUUAAUGGCUUUAAUAAUAAAAUACAUUCAAAUGUGGAAAUACA